AUGAGGUUAGGACAGUGUGAUUUCAAUACUGCUAAUUGUACCAAAACUUCCGCCCCGAAUCACCUUCCAAAUCGCAGAGAUGUAGCACAAUGUGGUAAAAGUGCUCCUCAGGGAAGUCAAGCAUGUCCUCUGAAUACUUGCUGUAGCGGUAAUGGAUACUGCGGGACCACAUCCGCCUAUUGCAUCAACGCCGACCCCAUCAACGGCAACGCACCAUGUCAACACGGUUUCGGCGCCUGCGGCCUGAUAAACUUCCCCAGCUGCGGUUCGGGCAGCACAACCGCCAGCAACGGACGCAGAGUAUCCUACUGGCAAAUUGGCAGCGCAACGCGUUCCUGCAACGCUCUCCCCGUGUCUCUUAUUCCGACCCAAAAUAUCACGCAUCUCAUCUUCGCCUUCAUGUCUAUCUCGCCUAAUUCUUUCCACGUGGUCCCUUUCGAUACUACGGCGGUACCUCUCAUGUAUCACUUUACUGCUCUCGCUUCUGCAACUUUGGCAACGUAUAUGGCUAUUGGCGGCGGCGGGUCGAGUGUCCUGCCGCCGAUUUGGAGUCAGAUGGUGUCGGAUCAGGGGAAUCGAGCGGCGUUUAUUAGUAGUGUGGAGGGAUGGCUGAGUACGUUUAAUUUCCAGGGCGUAGAUCUCGAUUGGGAGUUUCCGAGUAGUGAUAAUGAUCGAGAUGGGUUUGUGGCGUUGGUGAGGGAGAUGCGGGAGAGUUUUACUGCGAACUAUCCAGGGAAAAAUUGGGGAAUUAGUGUGGUUCUACCACCAGAUAUUUCCUCCCUCCAAUUCUUCGAUCUCAUAAACCUAGAACCCUACAUCACCUUCUUCAACUUCAUGUCCUACGACCUGCACGGCCCAUGGGAAGCCUCCAACCCCUCACUGGGCGCGUUCGUGCGUGCGCAAACCUCUCUGCCCGAUAUCACCAGCGCCAUUUCCCCCCUCUGGUUCGCAGGCGUCGAUCCCGCGAAAGUGAAUCUGGGACUUGCGGCCUACGGACGCGGCUACACGCUUGCGAGUCCCGCGUGUGCGGAUCUCGGAUGUGCGUAUACGGGACCCAGCGAACCUGGCCCGUGUACCACCGAACCAGGCAUUCUGAGUAUGAGAGAGAUUGAGGUGUUGGUGCAGCGAGAGGACCUGAAACCGUCGUGGGUGGGUGCUAGUGCGGCGGAGCAGGGGGGCGUGGGCGUCAAGCAGAUGGUGUUUGGAAAGGGGAUACAGUGGAUGGGGUUUGAUGAUCAGGAGAGCUGGGCGGUGAAGAGGAAAUUUGCGGAUGCGCUUUGUAUUGGGGGAACGGUGGUUUGGAGUGUGGAUUUGCAGGGGGUGGGGACGUGA